CCAACUGGGGAGGCCCAUUGUACCGUUCCACAUGCUAUGUCGUAACAUCCUCCAGGCCUUUCACCACAGCCGCCGUUAUUCUCACUACCCGCUCCCUCUCCGAGGCAAGGCCGCCGCCCUCUUCCCCCGCCAUUUCACCGCCGGUCCUCCUCCUCCUCCUCCGCCGCCGCCGCCAGAAUCGGCGUCUGCCAUGGCUGCUCACCCCAAGGACGAGGCCUACCUCAAUGCAGUAAUCCCCCAGCGCAUCGCCCUCUUCGAGGCCAUCAAAGCUCAGCAGCUAGCUCAGCGGCAGUCCCUACCUCACGACCCUAUCAAGAUCACUGUGGAAGGGCAAGUGAAGGAAGGGAAGAGGUGGGAGACCACACCAGCUGAUAUCGCGAAACAGUUGCCCAAGAAGGCGUAUUUGAUUGCGCGGGUCAAUGGGGAUCUGUGGGACAUGUCAAGGCCGCUGGAAGGUGACUGUGAGCUGAAGAUAUACGCAUUUGAAGACGAUGAAGGGCGGGAUACUUUUUGGCAUUCGAGUGCCCACAUCUUGGGACAGGCGCUAGAAAUGGAGUAUGGCUGCAAGCUGUGCAUCGGGCCCUGCACCACAAGAGGAGAGGGUUUUUACUAUGAUGCCUUUUACGGUGACUUGGGCUUGAAUGAAGAUCACUUCAAGCAAAUUGUUGCAGGGGCAAGCAAAGCUGUUUCGGAUAGACAACCUUUUGAGCGCAUUGAGGUAUCGAGGGAUCAGGCACUUGAUAUGUUCUCUGACAACCCUUUUAAGGUUGAAAUCAUCAAUGACUUGCCCGCCGACAAAACCAUCACAGUCUACAGAUGUGGACCCUUAGUAGACCUGUGCCGUGGGCCUCAUAUUCCAAAUACUUCUUAUGUCAAGGCAUUUAACUGCUUGAAGGCUUCUUCAGCAUAUUGGAGGGGUAACAGAGAUCGUGAAAGUUUGCAAAGGGUUUACGGGAUAUCUUUCCCAGAUAAGAAACAAUUGAAGGAAUAUGAACAGCAGCUAGAAGAAGCAAAGAAGUAUGACCAUAGGUUGUUGGGUACAAAACAGGAACUCUUCUUUUGCCACCCACUUAGCCCAGGAAGUUGGUUCUUCCUUCCUCAUGGUGCUCGAAUUUACAACAAAUUAGUUGAUUUUAUAAAAUCACAAUAUAGAAAACGAGGUUACCAGGAGGUUCUUUCACCAAAUAUGUACAACAUGCAACUCUGGGAAACAUCUGGUCAUGCUGCCAACUACAAAGAGAAUAUGUUUGUCUUUGAGAUUGAGAAACAAGAAUUCGGGUUAAAACCGAUGAAUUGCCCUGGACACUGCUUGAUGUUCAAGCAUAGAGUUCGUUCAUAUAGAGAGCUUCCUCUUAGAAUUGCUGAUUUUGGUGUCUUGCAUCGUAACGAGGCCAGUGGUGCUCUGACUGGAUUAACACGUGUUAGGAGAUUUCAACAGGAUGAUGCUCAUAUCUUUUGCAAAGAAUCUCAGAUAAAAGACGAAGUUCGGGGUGUCUUGGAGUUUAUCAGUUAUGUCUACGGAAUUUUUGGCUUCACCUUUGAUCUGAAGUUGUCUACGAGGCCAGAGAAGUACCUGGGAGACUUAGCAACAUGGAACAAAGCUGAAGCUGCCCUUUCAGAAGCAUUGGAUGAGUUUGGGCAGCCAUGGCAGAUAAAUGAGGCAGAUGGUGCAUUUUAUGGACCGAAAAUAGAUAUCAGCGUCUCUGAUGCACUGAAGAGAAAGUUCCAGUGUGCAACACUACAGUUGGAUUUCCAGCUCCCUGCCCGAUUCGAGCUCUCUUAUUCGGCAGAGGAUGAAGGGAAGACGGAGGCUCCUGUUAUGAUACACAGGGCCAUCCUAGGUUCAGUUGAACGAAUGUUAGCUAUAUUAUUGGAGCAUUACAAAGGAAAGUGGCCCUUUUGGCUAAGUCCGCGUCAGGCAAUUGUUUGCCCUGUAUCGGAUAAAUCCCAGGCAUAUGCUCUACAGGUGCGGGAUCAGAUUCAUGAAGCCGGUUACUUUGUUGAUGUCGACACAACUGAUCGUAAGAUUCAGAAAAAGGUUCGAGAAGCUCAAUUGGCCCAAUACAAUUACAUAUUAGUCGUCGGUGAAGAAGAGGCCAACACUGGAAAGGUCAGCGUGCGGGUAAGAGACAAGGCUGAUCACUCCGUCAUGAGCACUGAGGACCUUCUAAAAUUCUUCAAGGACGAAAUUGAUGCUUUUCAUUGAGUGGCUUUUGCUCCAAAAGCCUCAUUGAUACUAAAAGAACUUGCCUCACUUUUUCCACCUCCAUUUUGGAGUUAUAGAGAAGAAUAGGGGAAUCCAUUUGACGUUAGUUCGGAUUUGUACAACCCACAGUACUCGAAGUUUCGUGUUCUGUGUUGUAGUCUUGCUCAUUUGCUUUAAAUUAUGAGUGGUCUCUCGGUUUUUAGACAUUACAAUUUCUUGACUGCUUUCAUGAUUAGACUAUUGGCAUAGCUGAUUGCUGGGAGUGAUGGGCAUUGCUCAGAGUAAGAUCAACAUUUUCUUUUGUUCGAAGGAAAGCAAUGAACCGUGGUUGAAUCUCGACAACUUGAAGGCAUGACCUGUUCCGGGUCAUAUUGGGAUCAUUACCGAACUGUGGAACGAAGCAGACUACAUAGCAGUGGACCCUUGACAUUAAAUCUGUUCCUGAAGAACUGCAGAAGGAACGCUGGGUAAAAUAGUAAACCUCUGUUAAGUAAUAAGCAGUGUUGCUGUGUCCUUGAGUAGUCAUGGUAUCCAAGUUCUCCCUAAAAGCGGGGACAUAAAUAUAAUGACGCCAUGCCAUGAAGGUCUUUUCCUUU